AUGGCCAAACCCAAUAUCAAUCGGUAUCUCCGGCAGUCGCUGGACCAUAUCUUCCAAAACAACAAGAAAUGGGUGUCGUCGAAGAAACAGACGGAUGCCUCCUUUUUUGACAAGCUUUCUGCUGGGCAAUCGCCAGACUAUCUGUACAUUGGCUGCAGCGACAGCCGUGUCCCCGCCAACGAAAUUAUGGGUCUGGAGGCCGGCGAAGUGUUCGUCCACCGUAAUAUCGCCAACCUGGUGCCCAAUGUCGACCUCAAUGUCAUGUCGGUGAUCAACUAUGCUGUGCGGCACCUAAAGGUCAAGCAUAUCAUCGUGUGCGGCCACUACAACUGUGGAGGGGUCAAGGCGGCCCUGACGCCUGCUGACCUUGGGUUGCUUAACCCAUGGCUCCGGAACAUCCGUGACGUUUAUCGCUUGCACGAGAAGGAACUCGACGCGAUACCCGAAGAGCACGCGAGAUACAAUCGAUUGAUUGAACUCAAUGUGAUGGAAUCCUGUAGGAAUAUCAUCAAAACCGCGGCCGUCCAGAAAAGCUACCAGGAGAACCAGUACCCCAUUGUUCAUGGUUGGGUUUUUGACCUCGGCGACGGCCUGCUGAAAGACCUCAAGAUCGAUUUUGAAGCUGAGCUGGCGGAUGUGCAGAAAAUAUACUGUCUCUCGCCGGGUUCCAACUCGGAACCCUGA